GGCGACACCACUGUCAAUUCAAUGUAUUAUCAUUCUUAUUGUUUCAUGAUAAUUUCUCAUCAUAUAGUACUUUACGUGCAAGAUGGCGGAGCGGUGCCAACAAGAUUUUAAUAGGAGUGCAUUGACAGUACGACGUGGGCGGGUUUGGUAUACGGGACAACGAGCAGAAAAGAUACCCGGAGGAUUAGUGGGUGUCGUUGGUAAUGAUUGUACGAGUUUAGAUUUGUCAUAUAAUGAACUAACCUCUAUCAGCUCUGUUAAACACUUCUGCAGACUACAGGAAUUGAUACUCGACAAUAAUAAACUGCGGGACCUAAAGACGUUACCUUGUAUACCAAGUUUGACCACACUCAGUUUAAACAAUAACAAGAUAACAGACAUAGACCACGCGUUGAGAAGGAUACAGGAAUGUUGUCCAAAUGUGGUGUAUGUAAGCCUGCUUGGCAAUCCAGGAUGUCCCGAUCAGUUGACUAACCCAACAUCAACCGACGACGAGGAUUAUAAUCGUUACAGGUUGUACGCGAUAUACGUAUUACCUUCGACUCUUCGCUUUCUUGAUUCACGUUCCGUAACGCGACACGAACGAAAUGAUGCCGAAAGACGAGGAAAAUUCUCAAGGACUGUGAAAUUGGCCCCAGAAUUGUCACCGAAAUUCCUUCCGAAUCCGAUGGAAGAGUUCGACGAUAUCUUCUUCAAUGUUCAUUAUACGCCUUUGCCAAGGUCAAUUCGCGAUCCUCUUGAUCACAAAGGAGCAUUUGGAAAGUGUAAAUACCGUUACUCAGGAAAAAAUUCGGAAGGAAAUCGGUUUAUUUCCAAUAACGAUCUUUGAAUUCCCAUUUAGUAAGUCAAACUAACUUUUGAACGUAAGUUAUGAUCAUUUUUUUUUCCAAUCAAUGAUGAAAACAGCGAUCAGGCUCAUAGAAACGUACUGAAUGAAAUGAUGCACAAUUUUUUUACCUUCUCGAUAUUUUUUCUUCUUUAUUAGCAAAAAAUCUCAUCUACGUGCCUGAAGUCGCGUUUGUACGCAUUUAUCUGCUAGAUGUUAAUUUUUUAUAUAAAUAAAUAAAUAUAUAUAUAUACACAUCGAAUAAAAUAUAAAUUCACCAUGA